AUGCCUCCACGACGCUCUCUAAACGACCUUAUGCAGGCCGCCCGGAGCAAUCUUGAACGGCACCAUCGCUCGCGACGAGAUCAGCAGCAGUACACCCUCACUCGUUCGCAUCUUCCCCGUACUGCUGCAUUCCUCGACAAAAUGUCAUCGUCGUCACCAGAAAUUCCCUACACGACCCGCACGGCCGACCAAGAAAUCGACACUGUGGCCAUCUGCCCUACCAACCCGGAGUACAUGAUCAUAGGGACCUAUUCGCUCCUCAAGCCCGACGCGCCACGGUCGUAUCCUUCCCAGACACGACAAGGCAGCAUUCAGGUUCUCAUGGUGGCUUCCGACUUCCGUCCCAGAUAUGCCGGCAUGCUUCCACCGCAUCUCGAUCGCAUGGCGUUUCCAGAGGCAAUAGUAGACAUUCACUUCCAUCCCUCCGAUGGCACGCUCUUUGGCGCCGCAACCUCGACCGGCAAAGUUCACCUCUUCCGCUUCAUCAAACACGGGGAUGUUCUCGGUAGGCGUGUCAUCACCAAACUGCUUCCACUUGGCAGCGUGAUCGUAUCUGACCUCGACGAGCACGGUCUGGCACCCCUGGUCACGCAGUUCACUUGGUUUCCCGGCGUCCACACAAAGGGCGUACUCGGCAUAAGUGAUGUUCAAGAUAUUUGCUUCGCGGCGGUGACAUCGUUCGGCGAGACCAAAUUGGUCCGCACUUCCGUUCCGCGCAUCAAGGAUCUAUAUGACCAGCGUGUGGGCCAGGAUCUGGAGUUCCCCCCGGCUUCGAUCACCGACAUACACAAGCACGAACUCGAGGCCUGGACGGUGGCGAGUUUCGUGCUACCAAACUCACAAGACACGAUCAAAGGCACCGUGACACACAUGAUCUUGAGUGGAGGGGAUGAUAGUGCGCUUAUCGCAUCGGCAAUGAACUUGCCACCCGGUGUAAUGCCCGAGCAGACGUCGGCAUCAAUCUCACCAUCGGAUACCGACGAACUCACUGCGAUGCAGCUGUGGAAGGACAGACGGAAUCACACGGCCGGCGUCGUGGCCAUCCUCCCUCUUCCCCUUCUUACGACGUUGAUCAGCAAGGCCGACCCUUCGUCGCAACACCGCGCCUUCAUCCCCUUGGUCACGGGAAGCUACGACGAGCGCCUUCGAGUUUUCGAGAUCGAUCCUGCCACGCGUCGUGCCAUGUUCGUCACGGAAACAAGUCUCGGAGGUGGCGUUUGGAGACUGAAGGUGCUAGACCAGUACACCACCCUCGCUAGGGGAAGCAACCAGCAGCAGCAUCUACAGUACCAUACCCUGAUCCUGGUAUCGUUGAUGCAUGGAGGCGCCGCCGUCCUCCGAUUGACGUACACUCCAAACGCCUCUGAGACGUGGACGAUAGAGGUUCUGACGACAUUCCGAGCCGGACAUGAGAGCAUGGUCUACUGCUGCGAUGCAAUUCUCGAACCGAUGACCGAGGACGACGGGCCAAGUUCAAUCGCCGAACACACGGCACCUUCAUAUACGAUCGUCAGCACCAGCUUCUAUGACAUGAAGAUUUGCACCUGGAGGUUUGUCGACCAUUUCAAGGCACAGCACUCCCAAGCUCGGGGAUUGGCCAAUGUUCAAAGUUGA